AGCUCAAUGAAGCCCACUAUACCAGACACACCCUGUACAAGAAGAAGUGCUGAAAUGUUAAAAUGUGGUGAUCUCAUUGGUUGCUUUGUUACAUUGUGUGAAAAGGAUGGUUUGUUUGCUGCUCGACAGUGCAGCCCAUCGACUGGGUACUGUUGGUACUUAAACGAAAUUGACAAGAGGGAGGAAACAAAUACGGCACUACCUCUUUCCAAGUCAUUAGACUGUACAAAGACACCCUGCAAUCAGUUGAGGAGCAGUCAGACAACUAUGUGUCAUGGACUCAUUGGUUGCUUUGCCACUUCUUGUGAACCCGAUGGCUCAUUCAGUAGUCGUCAGUGUGAUCCAUCAACUGGUUACUGCUAG